AGUGUGACAGUGUGCGUGAAUAAAUAUCAAAAUAAGAGAAACAAAAUGCAUCAUUUAAAAACUGUAGAAAAUUGUUAAAUGCUCUCAUUUUUUAGAAUGUCGUUUUAUGCAGUAGCUAGAGGGAGAAUACCAGGGAUCUUCUCAACAUGGAAUGAAUGUGAAAGUCAAGUCAAAGGGUUUAGUGGAGCAGUUUAUAAGAAGUUUAAAACUAAAACAGAGGCUGAUAAUUUCAUAGCUCGAAGUUGCAGUAAUGGAGAACCACCAUCGAAAAAGCAAAAAAAAACACCAUUAAAUUUCGCAAAAAUUAUGGAAAAGAAUUCAAAACAAUCGUCGACAUCAAUACAAGAAACUUCAAAUGAAUAUGCAACAAAGUCAGACGAAGAAGCAUUUUUAGCUUUAGAGGAAUAUCCUGAUGAACCUCAAGCAAUGACUUCGGCCAAAUCUUCGACUAAAGAGAAAUCAAAACAAAGCGAUGGCAUAAAACUUGAGCCACCUGAAUCGACUUCAUUAAAAAAGUAUCACAAUGUUGAUUUUCAUGAAGAUUCAAAAGGCUUCGUACACGUUUAUACUGAUGGGUCAUGUGAAAAUAAUGGUAAAACGACAGCUGCUGCUGGUAUUGGAGUCUUUUUUGGUGACGAUAAUAUUUAUAACAUUUCAAAACCAGUUGAAGGUCGACCAACUAAUAAUUCUGGCGAGAUUCAAGCAGCAAUUUAUGCAAUUGGAACAGCUCAAAGUUGUGGGAUUAAAAGACUAAACAUCUUUACGGAUUCAAAAUUCCUUAUAAAAUCAGUUUGUUUAUGGAUGAGAGGAUGGAAAAUGAAAGAAUGGAAAGUUAAAACAGGAGUUAAAGUAGCAAAUAGAAAAGAUUUUAAGCGUCUUGAUAAUCUCAUUGAAUCUGGUAACAUGGUCAUCAAAUGGUCUUAUAUUCCAGCUCACAAAGGAUUUUAUGGAAAUGAGAAAGCAGAUAAGCUUGCUAAAAUAGGAACAAGUCUUUACGAAAAGAAAAAAACGAAAUUUAAAGGAGAUUCUGAUGAAUCUCAAUGACAAUGUUCGAAUCAUAAUUUUUUUUAAAUAAAG